CCGACUUGCCGCCAUGCUCGCAGCCCUCCGCGCGUCUGUGGCGCGUAGCCCACGGCUCUCAGCCGGCCUGGCCACCGCCUCGCGGCCCCUCCGCAAUGCAAACAGCCUGAACAGUGACUUGGACCGGCUGCAGGACGCAGUGCGCGAGGAGGGACAGAAGCAGCAGGAGCAGCGUUCGUCUGCUGCCACCGCUGUCAUCGCUGGUCGUCAGCUUACUCCGUGGCAUGGGUUCGGCAACCGGAAGUUCAUUUCCCCCCGCGACUUUACCUACAAGGAGCGGACCACGAGACCACGUAAUGCCAACAGGACGCGCUUCACGCCCAUGCCACCUCCGAGCUACCAAGCUCGCGCGCAGGACGUCUUUCACAAGCUCAAUGUCGAUCCCCUUCAGCUUGCCACCCACCCGCUCAUCCUACGCGAGUUCGUCAGCGAAAUGGGCAUGAUCAAGGGCAGGAAUAUCACCCGCCUCACAUCGAAAAGCCACCGCCGGCUCACGCGAGCCAUAAAGCGCGCAAAGAUGAUGGGUGUUAUCCCCCAGCUCAGCCGCGCCACGGAGGGAUUCCACAGAGAGCGAGUCGACCCGUUCGCGGACUUGAUUUCCGGCUCGGCACGGCCUACGCAGCGCAGAUAACUCUACUUGCACCUGCUUAUGAUUUACCGCACGGGAUAUCCGACCUGUGCUCAA